UUCAAGAUGGCGGCAGAUGGAGUCGAUUGUCUCAAGUUGCAAUUAGUACAUGGUCCAGAUAGACAUGAUCUCUAUGUCCCAAUCUCAGGUCCAAGGAAGCAUGAACUGGGGAUGUGUCUACCAGAGGAGGAGGCAGGCGACGUGCUCACAGUCGGACAUCUCACCAAGGCAGUCACUGAACUCACCGAAAUCCCACAGACAUGUCAGAGGCUCAUCUUUAAAGGUCGUUCGCUGACGAAGCUAGAUGAAAGUUUGUCAUCACUUGGGGUGAAACAAGGCUCGAAAAUUAUGCUGCUGGGUAAAAAGCCUGAGUCUGUGGAUAUGGUGGAUGAACAGAAGCUGAAGACAGCUGAGAAGGAACUGGGAAGACUGUCCAAGACCAUGAGUGAUAUCAGUCAAGAGCUGGAUGGUAUAAACAAGGGAUUCCUGGAGAAGAAGCUGCAGCAGCCGGCACUGCAGAAGCUGAGGAAGCAGAUCCUAGUAGCAUCCGAAGCCUUCAUGAAGCUGCUCGAGUCAUUGGACUCUCUCCGCUUUGCAGAAGACAACAAGGGGUCGAAGAUAAAACGGAAGAACAUGGCGGACAGAAUACAGAAACUCCUGGAGCGCUGUGACGUUUUGUCCGAAGGUGUAAAAGAGAUUCUACAAGGGUCUUCAUGAGUUCAAAUUAUUUAGUUUUUCAUAUAUUAGGUAAUUUUGUUGAAUUUUGUUAUUUCUUUUUCAAACAGUGCAACUAUACUUCAUAUGUCUAUACCUGUUAAACAUCAUGUUCACAAUUUUGUAGAAUUUUUAGACACCAAAAAGUGCCUUUUUCAAGUCUUUGAAUUUAAUUUUUUUAUUAUUCAAUUUUUAGGCGGUGGGGGAGGAGAUGUUUUUCCUUAAUUGAUCUUAAUUAUUCUGUAAAAACAAUCAGACAUUGUUUGUUAUAGGUAAAUUAAGACAUGAUCAGCAUGAGACUUUGGAUCUCAAUAUGUUGGAAACAUGUUCAAUACUGUGAAGUGUUUCAGAAUCAUUUAAACGUCAUUGAUUUGCUCCCUUUGCCAAAGAUUUUACUCUCCUACAUUAAAGAUGGUACCAUGGUUACUGACAACUUAUGUUCACCUUAAAGAAAGCUACUGGAUAGUAACAAACAGCUAUGGCCUUUGAUUGCUUGAUGCAAUGAUAAGCUAGCUGUCUGAGGAAUGGUAAGCUAGCUGUCUGAGGAAUGGUAAGCUAGCUGUCUGAGGAAUGGUAAGAUAGCUGUCCGAGGAAUGGUAAGCUAGUUGUCUGAGGAAUGGUAAACUAGCUGUCUGAGGAAUGGUAAGAUAGCUGUCUGAGGAAUGGUAAGAUAGCUGUCUGAGCAAUGGUAAACUAGCUGUCUGAGGAAUGGUAAGAUAGCUGUCUGAGGAAUGGUGAUGUGGUGUACAUCGAGGGCAGAUCCAACAUUUUUUUAAAGGGAGGGGUCCAAAAUAUCAAAGUCCUCUCAGUCAAUUUUACUACCUACAGCAUACUACAUUUGGUUAUCAAUAGGGUGGCGGUGGGUGGGGGGUGUCCGGACACACUGUAUCCCCCCUCUUGAGCCAGCAAAGUACAUCAUCACAAUGAUCAGUUUAUUUCUGCAUCAAGGAUGUAGGGAUGUUUCUUAGCAAAUAUGAUAUUGCACUACUCCAGCAAGUUUCAGUUAUGGAAUGGAAGCUAUGGAGGAUGAAUCUGGAAGAUUUUGGUUGAGUUAUGAUAUACAUCAUCAUUGUUCAAACUAUACCUCUUGAACUUAUCAUGGUUACAGACGUACCAUUAAAAGUAUUGAACUUUUGUUUGAGAGGAAUACCUCAAGAUGUACAAGUAGAAACUGACAUAUUUAUUUUCAUCACAACACAUUCUUUUUCAGGAAUGAAUGGUGGUGAAAUCUUAGGCAAAAUUUCGUGUUUUCUGGAAUUGCUGUAUUCACUGUUAUGGGUGCCCUGAGCACUUAGAAAAUUGGGGUUGCUUAUCAAACCUGUACACAAGUAAAAUUUGUUGUCAGAGAUUAGAAUUAGUUCAAACAUCCACGAAAGUUAAGCGUUUUCGAUAGUUUCCAGGCUGUUACAUACCCUUUCUAUACUGCUGUGUUUACUAUUAUGGAUAUGUAAUAUGCACAAGAACAUAUCCAUUGUCAUGUCAAGUUUUGGGCUUUGUACCAGGCGCUUAUAAAGAUUGCUUACAGAUUGGUCCAGAAGAUGGUCAGGUGGUGCUUUAUACAGUGAUUAAGGUAAUUAUGUAUCAAGUGGUUGGUCCCUUAGGGUAAUGAUUCAAUCAACAGGCACGACAUUGAACACGGUGUCUGUUAUGAUAAACAAACUGAGAAGAGUUUUCUUAAAUACAGGACAUGGCAUUUGAGUCCUCGUCAACAGGUAUAUUUUCCUGAUAGUAAUGAAUAUCUAGACAUUAUGUUGUUGUGUAUUUGAUGGUCAGAGAUACAUAGUUGUUCUACAGUUGUUUGGAGUACUGUCUGAGUUCUUCCUCACAGCAUGGUUCAAGUAUCUAGUCCACUCAAUGCCUUGUACUCUGAUGACCUUCGCAAUAAAGCUGCUACCAUUACAUUGGCAUUAAACGAGCAAAUAUGCAGCAUAAUUAUAUUGAUUGAAAUCCACACAUUUCUACAUCUCAACUAGGCCAGUACACUGUUUUUUCCCUCGCAAUUUUUACCACUACGAUGGAAGAGAAAUUUGUUUUACAACAUCCUCAAGUUAAUGUCAUUUUGUCAGCCAUAUUUAUAUAUAUAAAGAUUUUUUUGUAAUUAUUAAAAUAUUACAAAUUCGUUAAAAUUAACUUGUACAGCAUCAUCAGCGUCAUGGUAACCAUCUCCAACACAAUAGUUGGCUCUUCAAUCACUGUUUUGUUUGGUGUUACCUUCACAAACAAUGUUUGGAGGGGGAUAUAGAAACAGGAUCCGUCCAUUCAUCAAUAACUGCUUCAAUAUGUCUAAGUCAAACUGAGUGUGCACAUCAAUAAAGUGCCUUGUGGUAGUCAGAAAUAUUUCAGACUUUGCUUUUUGGAGUUUCCUGGCAACAGGUUGAAAUAAUGGUAGGGUCUGUGUGAUAGUGAUUCACAAACACAUGCUUAUGAAUUGUACAAAGGACAGCAGAAAUUUCUUAUGAUUAUAGAGGGGUUUUACCACUUUUGUUAUGCCCCUGGCAAGUCUGUCUGUCCAUCUAUCUGUAUUUCGUUUCUGGAACAUAACUUGAAAACAGUGAAGAAAAUUGAAUCCAAACUUGGUACCUGUAGCCAAGGCUGAAGUGGUGCCUUUUGCUAUUGUGGGGGCCAGGGGAUGAUUGUCAUCUUCUGAUGACUCGUUACCCUAGUGUCCACUUCACAAGAUGUUUAUCACUUCUAUAAAUCUUUGGUGGGAAUCAGGUUAGGUUUUGUUUUUCACAGCAUUUCUCAUAAACCAUUCAAUAUUUCUUCAUGAAACUUUGUAUGCAGAUCAUGGAUCGUAUGGCAGUUCAGGAAUCAUCAUUUUCUGGUAUAUAUCUUACUUAUGCUCUGUUUAUUAAACAGAACCAUCACCAAUUCACUUGAUUGGAAUAUAUUUAAAACAUUUUAAAAAGUUUUAAUAGUGUAUAUAUAUACUUGCCAAAUAUGUCUUUCAAACUCAGAUCUUCUGGUUGACUAUGUCAAUGUGUUCGUUGUGUCAACUACCAGCUGGCUGUCAUGGAAUUGUUUGUAGAAACGUUCUCAUGGUGGUUGGAGAUUGUUGCGUGCAAAUUUCAGGGUUCCUGUUGUAUUUUGAUUGUGGUGUCUUUCAUACUCAGUGAUGUCAUGAUGAUGAUGAUGAUGAUGAUGAUUAUCAUUAUUGACCGUUUAUAUUGGUUACUGAAGGAAGGAACUUAAAAGUUAGUUAUUUUAUUUUCCAUGCAAAUUUAUUAAAUGGCAGGAAGUAUUUUAUGUCAUAUUUAUUUUUCAACACACUGUUACUUAAUGCCGAGCGCCAUACAGAUGUCCUGGCUAGCCAGCCAACCUGUAUGAGGUUUACAGCACUGUGACUGGCCCAUCAGUUAUAAGUAAGAAAUAAUAAAGCUCUUCACAGCCACACUAGGUGUGGUUAAGAUGAACUGGCAAGUCUUACGACUGCAAGAAGAGAAUGUGUUGAUAAAUGUUGUCCAAUGAACUGUCUAGUUGUAAAGGAAAAGUGAUGUUUCUAAGUCAAGACUGACUGUAGGGCCAGUGUAUGUCUGUAGGGCCAGUGUGAUGUCAGUUUUCCUCUGGGAAGUCAAAGUAUGACUGCGUGUCUUUAUGAAGGACAUUAUGACAUGUUAUUGUUUUACUUUUUGUUCUUUAUGAAGAACAGCUUUUUUUGUAAGUUUGGUUAUUGUGUAUUCAUAACUUUGCAAAUUUAAGUCAUUUUUAUUUUUCCUCUUUUAAACAUUGGGCAUUGCAUUUACAAGUAAUAAACUAACAUGUCACAUUCAUGUACUUUUAAAUGUACUAACAUUAUUUUCUUUGGACAUUUAAAAAAAAUAUGUUUUUCAUAUCUUAUUUAAUGAAAUUCGGUUUGAGGUUUAUGAUUGAUUAAAAUAAUUGCACUCAUCCACAAUCUCAAAGUUGAAAAUCACCUCCAGGUCGUACAUGAAUGUUUCUUAUGAAACAGGUCUUCUGUAAUUUCGAAAGGAAAGGUAAUGGAUCUGUCCCCAAAGAGAUAUUUUCAUUUUGCAAUAUUGCAUGUUUUGUGCAAACUGCUGUUACGCAGCAUGGUGUAUUACAUAUUGCAUUGACCAACAGUUGGAACUACAAAUACCUUCUUGCAAAUGUGUUGAUGCCUGUUGAAUUUUUUUUAAUUAUACCAUAUUCGACGUAAUAAGCGCCCGGGGCGCCCUCAAAAUUAGAAAUAGGUGGCUAUUAUUAGAAUAUAAUUUUGGUGAAAAAGAAAACAGAGUUGAAAGAUUGUAAAUUUCGUGGUUUAUGCUGACAGCCUGACAUAAGAAAAGUAUGUGCGUAUCAUACACGACAUAUAUUUUCCCGAAAUAUAAUUGCCCAUAAUUAAGGGUGCAUAUAACACACGCGUCUUGUGUACAUUGAUCAAUCGGAAGGGGUGCUAAUUGGGAUUGUUCACUAGCCAAUAUAUCAGCAAAUAACUCUGUGGGCGCUUAUCAGAGCGGGGCGCUUAUUAUGUCAAAUACGGUAUGAUCAUUAAGCUUAAAACAAGAAUAAUACUGUCCAUAAAUGUUUUGGAACCAGCCAUUCAAUAUUUGAAAAGAAUUAGUUGUCCAAUUUUAGAAAAACAAAUUGUUCACUUCAUGUGCUGGAUGCUCUGAAAAUAUAGUGUUUUGGUGCUAAGGUUAUUUUGGCCUCCUUUCAGAGAACGAAAUGUCUUGAAGUGCUCACUGAAAACAUGUUCUGUCUCAGAUAAUAAUCCCGUUAAUAUCCAUGAUGUUAAAUAGUGAUCCCUCACCUGCAACUUUAUGCUAUACACAAAUCAGAAUUUGAUUUUGAAGUGAAUGUGUUUGAUGAAACAGAAAUAAAGGUGUUGCAGAUAAGAACUAGUGUAUUUGUUUACCAUAGUUCCUGGAGAUGAGCCUUAUUGUGAAGUGGGUGUAUGAGCCACAAUAAAUUGUACAUACAUUGUA